AUGGACGCCACCGCUCUCACCCCUACCAUCGCUGCAUAUAUUGUUGCGACAGCCGACCCAGUCUAUGUUAACGCGCAGCUUGCCCUGCCGCUCCUCACACAGACUGCUGAAAGGAUACGCAAGGAACACCGUGGCCAGGGUGUCGUCCUGUUCUUCGUACCAGACACGCGUGCUCUCCAUCCCAGCCUGGACCUCUCCUACCAGAACAACGGUGUCAAGAUCACAAUCGUCUGGGACACUUCAGAGACGGUCAACACCCAGGCGUGGCAAGCACUUUCAGUGGCGUUCGAGGUCAUAGUCGCCUCUGUCGAGACCGCAGUCGGCCUUCUGAGGCAUCCGUUGGUGCAAGUUCGAGUAUUCCAGAGUUUGAGCUUCCGAACGAGAUUGUUGGAAGGGCAUGGACCCACCUUCUGCACGCUCGUGUCGUUACCGCCCUUGAUGACCGUGCCAUGUGGUUGGAGCAACACCUACACGAUCGGAUCGUCUGAGGCUAACGGAGAGUUCGUCAUGGAAGCCGCUCACUUUACCCUAGUUGUCAGGUUUAAUUUGAAGGACAACGAUCUCGACGCGUAUGUCAGGUCUCGCUCGCGAACUCGAGACCAGACAAAGGAUAUUGUCGUGUUGCGAUCAUGCAGUAACAUAUCCCAUCCCAAGCCCCAUGUCGGUCUGCAGCUGGCUCCCGCAGGCUCUGGUGCCGUGGGCACUGCAUUCCUGAAGCUUUUAGUCUCCUUGGACCUCUUUGUCCGUGAUUUGACCAAGGACCAACAUGUACUAACGCAAGACAAGGACAAGAAGUUGGCGAAUAAGGCGCUCUUAGUCAAGAGUAACCACGUACAGACGGCGAAGACGGCCCUGGGACAGGCUUAUCUCGAGGGCUUUUUGGAGGACACCCUAAUGGAGGUUGGACACCUCGUCAAUCCGUUCCAAAGUAUCAGUUCCUGGGAAGAUUUCGCAGUCCUUUACGACAGCGUCAAGACCAGAGUGCCCGGGCAUUCGCUCUCUCCUGGAAUACGGUGGUUUGAGGACCUUCAGGCUGUCGAGUACGCCAUUGGCUAG